AUGUCUUCACAGCUAGAGAACAAAGCAUCCUUCCAGGCAAGUUUCUUCGGCAACUUCUGGAAGCAGACCUGUUUCAGCGUCCCGCCAAUACCGGCAGAUAUCGACCUGGUCGGAAAGACAGCUUUGGUGACAGGCUCAAACACAGGCCUCGGUCUGGCAUGCGCGCGCCACUUCCUCAAGCUCCGCCCACACCUCCUCGUCAUGGCAGUCCGGUCCGUCCAAAAGGGGGAGGCCGCAGCCGCAGGCCUUCGCACGGAGUUCCCCAGGGCGAUGAUCGAGAUCUGGGAGCUCGACAUGGAGUCAAACCGCUCCAUCCAAGCUUUCGCCGCAAGGUGUGAGCGGGAGCUGGACCGCCUGCACGUUGCAGUACUGAACGCCGGAGUGGGGAAGAUGAAGUUCGAGCGCGUUGAGGAAGGUGGUCGGCGCGAGAAAACCAUCCAGGUCAACUAUCUUGGCACGGCCUUGCUCGCCCUUCUGCUUCUUCCCAAGAUGAGGUCAUCAUCCUCUACGGAUCCGCUUGGUCCAGGCCGUCUCUCAAUCAUUACCAGCGAUGCGGCCCUCGGCACCAAGAUCGACUGCGCGGACCAAACUAACCUCCUCGACUCUCUCGACCGGCCAGAGGGCUUUGACGGCUUCACACAGUACUCUAGAUCCAAGCUGCUGAUCACCAUGUUCUGCGCCAGAUUGGCAGAGGCGGUCGACCCAGACGACAUCAUAGUCAACUGCUGCAACCCCGGCCCGGUCAAAAGCACCGACUUUCUGUCCAACGUCGAUUCGUGGGUCAUCAAGGCGGUCUUCGGUUUCCUCCACGCCAUCAUGGGCAGGACGGUGAUAGAUGGCGCUAGAAUCUACGUACAUUCCGCUUUAGUGCUGGGUCAGGAGAGCCACGGUUCAUUCACCGACUGGACCAUCAGAGCGUGGCCUGUGACGAUGUACAGCGUCCUUGGGCGUCACAUCAGUGGCAAGCUAUGGAGUGAGACGGUGGAAGAGCUUCGAUUCGCUCGAGUUGAUGAGCUGCUUGAGGACAUGAAGGAGGAAGGAGCCGUAGCUCUGGGGAAGAAGUGA